GUGAAGAUACUUUUAAAUUCAACAUUCUCAAAAUUCAUUUAUUAGAAUUACAGCAGGAAAAAGAUAAAAAUUGUAUAUUUUUAAUAGAUUUAUUAGAUAAUACACAUAUACUCUCAAAAUUUAUAUCUUUAAAGUUUCCGUUGAUUACUAGUUUGAUUUGAUACAAUAUGAACAAGAAAAUGAAACUCGGUAAAAACAAGAAAAAAGCAAUAGUUGAUGUCAACGAGAUUGACAAGAGCACUAAAUCAAUUGAACGCUCCGAACAAGUCUGUUCAUUAAUUGAUGGCUAUGAUAUAUUGUUAAAAGCGGACAAAACACCCUUACAAGUUGUUGCGGCAGAUAUGAUAAUAGAUCUUCCGCCCAGUGCAUUGGAAAACAUUGAGGCGGGCGUAAAAAAUUUUCUUAACGGUGUAUGUAUGCAUGAAAUAGAACAAUUUGAAGGGCUUGUCUUAUCAUAUGGUAAUAUCGAAUUUUGCGAUAACUCAGGUAUCAUAUUUGAAGAUUCGCCAUAUGCUCACUUUUUUAUCCGUACUGAAUUUCUGAUAUAUAAUGCAUCAACCGGAUAUAAGUUAUUUGGGAGAGUUGCAAAUCAAUCACUUUCACAUAUACAUCUUCACCUUUAUGAUCAAUUCUACGUCAAGAUCCCUCGCCAUCAUAUCCCUCUUGAUGUAUUCUUGUGGAAAGAUAAUGAUGAGUUUUAUGAUGCAAUGUUCCUUGAUAAACAACUCGACCUAGACAGAAUGUACGCUGAGGGUCAAUGGGUCUUUUCUGACACGGGAGCAACCAUCGAAGAAGACGCUUGGCUUGAAUUCGAAGUGACGGGAGCUGACACGAAUAAUGGUCAGUUAUACCUUAUUGGCUCAUUACUUCAUUAUAGUAAGAAUAAUUAUGAUCAAGAAAAGGCGAAAACUCCUCCUUUGAAAACUAAAGGGAAAGAAAAGACUAUUAUUGAAGAGAAUUAAAAUACACGCGCCGAUCACCAUUAAAACGUAUUAAAAGCUAAUUAUUGAAUUUUAUAAUAUUUAUGACAACUGCAAACUUCGUAUAAUUAAAUUAAACAGCAUUGUUUAUAGUGAAUUAUAUAGCACGUACGUGACGAAUAUGUCACGGAGUAUUGUGAUAUCAUAGCCCGUUGACUUUGUAAUAAAGAAACUAAAAUUUUAACCCCGAAACAAGAAAUUUUUUAACA